CAACUUGCGACAGACACGUCUUCUCAACCCUAGCUUCUCUUGAACAUAUCACAAUUACGCGGACUGAUAAUACAUUAAGGAGUUACUGCGAAUGCUAUAACACCCUGCUGAUGGAAAUACUGCCAAGGACUGGCCUAGAGACAACGGCCCUGAUCCAAGGCAGUUAAGGUCAGGCACUGUUAAGACGCGGAAACCAUCAUGGCCUCAAAGCGCAAGGCCGCAGCGAUGGCUGCUGUAGAUGAGGAGCCAGUAGACCCAGCUGAUGAGCUCAUGUUUCUUUGUCUUGGAGGUGGUAAUGAAGUCGGUAGAUCCUGUCAUAUUCUCCAGUACAAAGGCAAGACUGUCAUGCUUGAUGCUGGAAUGCACCCUGGAUAUGAUGGGCUUGCUGCUCUCCCUUUCUACGAUGAUUUCGACUUGAGCACUGUCGAUGUGCUGUUGAUCAGCCAUUUCCACAUCGACCAUGCAGCUUCACUUCCAUAUGUAUUGGCGAAGACCAAUUUCAAAGGCAGGGUCUUUAUGACACAUCCAACGAAAGCCAUCUACAAAUGGCUCAUCCAGGACAGCGUUCGAGUCGGUGGAGCAUCCUCAAAUCCAACCUCACAACCCGUGUACACGGAAGCAGAUCAUUUGUCUACAUUCCCCCAAAUCGAAGCGAUCGACUACCACACUACACAUACCAUCUCAUCCAUACGAAUUACCCCUUACCCGGCAGGCCAUGUCCUCGGUGCUGCUAUGUUUCUUAUCGAGAUCGCCGGACUCAAGAUCUUUUUCACGGGAGACUAUUCUCGAGAAGAUGAUAGACAUCUAGUCUCAGCCGAGGUGCCCAAGGGUAUCAAGAUUGACGUAUUAAUCACGGAAUCAACGUACGGCAUAGCAUCUCAUAUUCCCCGUCUUGAGCGAGAGCAGGCGCUCAUGAAAUCUAUCACCGGCAUUUUAAACCGCGGUGGUCGGGUGUUAAUGCCUGUUUUUGCUCUUGGACGAGCUCAAGAGCUCCUUCUAAUCCUGGACGAGUACUGGGGCCGCCACCCGGAAUACCAAAAGAUACCCAUCUACUAUGCUAGUAAUCUCGCACGCAAAUGUAUGCUGGUAUACCAGACAUAUGUUGGAGCUAUGAACGACAACAUCAAGCGACUAUUCCGAGAGCGAAUGGCAGAAGCGGAAGCCUCAUCAAAUAGUGCUGGCAAAGGUGGACCGUGGGACUUCAAAUACAUUCGAUCCUUGAAGAAUCUUGAUCGAUUUGAUGAUGUUGGAAGCUGUGUCAUGCUUGCAAGUCCUGGUAUGAUGCAAAAUGGUGUUAGCAGGGAACUUCUCGAGCGAUGGGCCCCAAGCGAUAAGAAUGGAGUUAUUAUAACUGGUUAUAGUGUUGAGGGCACAAUGGCAAAGUCGAUAAUGCAGGAGCCUGAUCAAAUACCAGCUGUCAUGUCUCGUAGUACUGCUGGGGCGAGACGUGCGCCAGGAGGAGACAACGAGAAAGUCAUGAUUCCCAGGAGAUGUAGUGUCCAAGAGUUCUCGUUCGCAGCACAUGUCGACGGCACAGAGAACAGAGAAUUCAUCGAGGAAGUGGCAGCUCCGGUGGUGAUUCUCGUUCACGGCGAGCAGCAUAAUAUGAUGCGCUUGAAGUCGAAACUUCUUUCCCUCAACGCAGACAAAACCUCGAAGGUAAAGGUUUUCAGCCCACGUAACUGCGAAGAGCUGCGAAUUCCUUUCAAGGCCGAUAAGACGGCCAAAGUUGUUGGCAAGCUGGCCUCUAUUCCUCCUCCUAUGAGCUCCGAGGAUGGUCAAGCGCAACUCAUAACUGGUGUGCUGGUGCAGAAUGAUUUUAAAAUGUCUCUAAUGGCACCAGAAGAUCUAAGAGAGUAUGCUGGAUUGACGACAACGAGCAUAACUUGCAAGCAACGCAUGACUCUCAGUGCUGCGGGAAUUGAUCUGAUCAAAUGGGCAUUAGAAGGCACGUUUGGCAGCAUCGAAGAACUACCCGAGAGCAAGAGCGAGACUAAGAAUGAGAAUGAGAGCAUGAAGAAUGGUGAUAGUCACAUGAAUGGCACAUCUGAGGAUGCAGAUGAAGAAAUAUCGAGUCAGUCGACAGCAUAUCUGGUAAUGGGCUGCGUCACCGUUCGCUACCGUGGUAGUGGUGAUGUGGAGCUUGAAUGGGAAGGCAAUAUGCUCAAUGAUGGUAUUGCUGACGCUGUUAUGGCUGUUCUGUUCUCGGUGGAAAGCAGUCCAGCGGCUGUUAAACAAUCCUCGAGCAAACAUUCCCACUCUCAUACACUUCCCGCUAGAAAUCCUCACGCGAAUCUUUCACCUGCUGAGCGUCUGGAGCGCCUAUUCAUGUUCUUAGAAGCGCAGUUUGGUCCAGAUAACCUUAAUCCUAUCGCCAUCCCCAAAAUUACCACCAAAAGAUUACCCACGCCCGGGUCGCCUUCAACCAUCAAGGAUGAAGGGGAAGGUGAAACCGAAGGCUCUGAAGAUGGAGACAAAGAACUCGAGGCGUUGCAAAGGCAGGAGAUUGAGAGACUACACAAGAUCGGUAUCCCAGUGCCAGGGGUGGAGAUCAAGGUCGAUAAGAUGGUAGCUAAGGUCUGGCUAGAGGAUUUGGAGGUUGAAUGUACGAAUCGGGUGUUUGCAGAAAGGGUUCGUGCGGUCGUAGAGAGGGCAGUGGAAGUCACGGCACCAUUAUGGGCAUGAUACUUUGUAGAAAACUUGUAAACAUUUGACGAGCGAUUACGAGCUUGCUUGUUCCUGAUCUAAAAGGCCCUGCAUCCUAGCUUGAUCACCAUAGUUCACGCGUCUUCUUGCAAUAAAAAGAACAAACAUGUAAUAUCCCCC